GAGUGAAGGAGCUUCACAUAGUCUGUAUGAAUGAACAUGUCUGAAAAUUACUACAAUCUCUUACAGGACGAUGAAGAGAGACGUCAGGAGUCAGAGAACAAGAUCAGCUGAAGACUGAAGAAAGAGACGAAUAUCAACAUGUCCAGCACAGAAACCAGAGUGAUUGUUUCCCACAAUCCUCCUCGCAGGAGAAAAAAGAGCAAAAGCCCACCUCCUCUUGAUAUGAGUGUUCUGAGGAUUGUUCUUCUUGGGAAGAGUGUGUCUGAAAAUAGUCUGGUGGGGAACUUGAUCUUAGGACGAGCAGCGUUUGACAGUGAAUCUCCUCCAGAUGUUGUAGAGAGAGUCGGAGGAAGACUGAAGGACAGACACCUGAUCAUCAUCAACAGUCCUCAGCUUCUCCAGAGGAAUGUCUCAGAUCAGCAGAUCACACACACAGUGAGAGAGUGUGUGUUUCUCUCUGAUCCAGGACCUCAUGUCUUCAUACUAGCACUGCAGUAUAAAGACUUCACUAAGAAGGACUUGAGAAGAGUGAAACAAGUGCUGAAAGAAUUCAAUGAUCACGCAAUUAAACGCACAAUAGUGCUCACAACUGACAAAGCAUCACAAAGAGGAGCAUCUGUGAAAGCUAAUGAAUUCAUUCAACAAUUAACUGCAGAAUGUGGAGGAGGACAUGUUCAGCAUAACAAUGAUUAAAAAAUUGCUGCUCUGAGAUUUUUAAAAGAAUAAAUAAGUUACUUAAAGAACAAGAAAUAAAUGAUGAAUAUCUCAGAUGUGAGACGUUGAAGAAAACCCAAGAGUUUUGCUCAACAGUUGACAGAGAAUACAGUGGAUUGCAGGAUUCUGAAGUCAAAGAGAAACAGGAGGAACA